CGAUUAGUCUGUGGUAACAAUCAAUGCAACAAUGUUUUUGUAUUAGUGCACAUCGCUGUUUUGGGCGGGAAGAAUUCGGCAUUCACCGCAAUACAAUUAAAACUAAAUGAACGAUCAUACCUAUAGACUGGUCCAUGCGCAGCUGCCGACGCUUAGCAGCUCCGAAGAUUUGCUGGCUAAUCAACUAUUUGCAGGAGCUUCAGUUGUUCUGGUUGAUGCCGCUAAAGCAAAAUUGGAUGACUAUGUGAAGCCACUCGGUCAAAUGCUGGAGAAGAGCAGUGAGCCCGUUCUUCUGCUCGUGGCUACGCGUCAACGUUUGCAAGAGCUGCGAGGGCAGUUUGAAGAGGAGCUUGGCGGCAGGCAGGAGAUCUAUGAAGUCGAGCAUGAAACACAGCUGAUGUUAAGGCGUAAUGGACUGUGGAUCAUGACUACGGCACAGCUUGCUAAAUUGCUGGAGCAGUCACAGCCGCUGCUCAAAGAUGUUCACUUCCAGACUGUAGUCUUCGAUGGGCUGCACCAAUUGCAGGCUUAUGGCGGCAGCUGCUUCCAGGCGCUCAAACUUGAAUUAUGGAAGCUGUGCAGCACGCCACAACUGGUGGUCACCUCUAGCUUGUGGUUGGCUGCAGAGAUGAGAGAACUCUUACAGCACGCUAAGCAACCCUUGGUGUGGAUCAGGGAGCCGCUGGAGGCAGCUGUCUAUGGCGGAUUGCAGCUGAGAGUGGAGCUGAGCGAGACUCGCACAGAGCAGCUGCAGCAGCUAGUGGAGUACUUGAAGUUGGAAUCCCCUGAAAAGCAGCGCACGUUGAUCUAUUGCUCAUGUGAGAGCGAUUUCCAGGUGCUGCAGCAGCAAUUGCCUAAGGAUUCUUACCUGUUGCAUCGCGGUCGCCAGGAUAUGAACCGUCUGGAGCACUGGCAGCAACAGCUGACGGGCAAAAUUUUAUUGCUGCGCGCACACUCGCCCGAGUUGCUCGUAGAGAAUGUUCAGUCCCUCAUACACUUCAACAUGCCAGCGACUUGGAGUCAGUUUAGAAGGUCUUUCGCAGUGCUCAAAAAUCAAAUACACAAUGUGCUGCUGGCUAACACGGAGCAACAGCAGCCAUUACAUUCUCUCAUUCUGCUAAACACGGAAAGUCAGCGCAUGUUGCCGCAAUUGCUCGAAUUCAUGCAACAACAUGGCCAACCCGUGGCCAAGGAGCUAAGCACGGGGCAUGCGCAGCUGCAAGCGACGCGCGAGGCGACCCUAGUGUCGCGUCAAUGCGUCAUUUGUCCGAUGUUAUUGCUGGAUGGACGUUGCCUUAAGCCUACCUGCCAAUAUCGUCACGUGCUGUCAGCUAGAGAUAAGAAUUGCGGGACUGUACCAAGAGUUGGAUUUAUACGCUUUCAGCUGCUUAAGAUCUGCACACCAACACACUUUGCGGCUCGUCUGCUGGCACACAGAUCCUCUAUAGAAAGUUCCUGGCUCACGCUGCCCGCUCAGCAGCAGUAUGCAGAUUUGCAAGAGAAACUAAGCACUCACUAUGACAAGCCAGAGCAUUGCAUUGUGCCCACACUGGAAGAGCUACAACAGAUUUGUGUGCGUCGAAUGGGAAAUGACUCUUACGAGCGUGUCUGUGUGACCUUUGUGCCAGCUGCUGCGGCUCCUUCUCCAGCUCGCGGUGAUUUGACUGUGCGCAUUCGAUAUUUGGAUUUGAGUACGGUCAUCUGUCAUGCAAAGCUAUCAGAGCUACUUGUCUGUCCGCUGGCUUUGCAGCAAAGCGAGCCAAUGGCCCUGGAUGUGCGUCUCAUUGGCUGGUUGCCCUACAAUGGCGAAGAGAUUUGGCAGAGCUGCGAUACCGCAGCAAUUGCUGAGCUACUGCAGCAUGAGGGCAUCUAUGAGGCCAGAGUAUACACGACUUUAGCCCAUACAAUUUUUGUGGAUGAGCUGCAAUUGGAGGCAGUUUCUUAUGCCGAGCAGCUGCACAGGCUAAAGCUGAGCAGAUUCGACGUGGAGGCAAAGAAACGUUUGGAAGAGUUCGUAAAGGCUAUUGGCAAUUUCCUAAUGCCGCCCGCCAUUAGGGCCUAAACGAAAUUACAGUAAGAUUGAUUAGCGGCUAACACUUUCAGUUUCAAAUGGUCAGCGAAGAAGAAGAAGAGCCAGCCGAAAGAUAGAGCGCGAGAGAGAGGGAGAGG